CGCGGGAAUGUGCGCAUGAUGACAAUUUACCUAACGAGCUGCCUCGUGCUGCCAGAGUCACGUAACGUGAACGUGAACACAGCGUUUGUGCGGAGAGCUCGAGACACUUCCCAUCGGCAGCUGCGACAGACAGACCUCCACCUGGCUCCGGCACACCUGAGGCUUCUAUAAUCUUCCGUCCUCUCCUGAAGGAACAAUGUCUGCCGUCUACUUCCUCCUGCUGCUGCUCCCUCUGGUGUCAGCUCAGACCUAUCACUGGGGUCCCUGUCCUACUCCUAAGGUGCAGCCCGGCUUCAACGUGGAACAGUACCUGGGUAGGUGGUACGAGAUCGAGAAGCUCCCUGCUUCUUUCGAGAGAGGAAAGUGCAUCGAGGCCAACUACGCCAUAAGGAAAGAUGGAACCAUCCGGGUGUUAAACACCCAGUUCUAUAAAGACAAAGUGAGGCCAGCAGAAGGGACAGCAGUGAUUCAAGACCCAAGAGAACCUGCCAAACUUGGAGUCAGCUUCUCAUACUUUACUCCUUAUAGCCCCUACUGGAUUCUGACCACUGACUACACCAGCCUGUCCGUUGUGUACUCUUGCACCGACAUCCUCCGCAUAUUCCAUAUCGACUAUGCCUGGAUCCUCGGCCGGUCCCGCUUCCUGCCUCCAGAGACCGUGCGAUAUGCCAAAGAACUGAUGAUCAAUGAAGGAAUCGACCUGUUCAGGAUGAAGGCCACAGAUCAGACAGGCUGCAAGGAUAACUAGGGAUUCAUGGAGACUUCCACUCCAGUGCACUGUAACCAGUCACAGCACUCAGAUGAGGCAGAGCUGAAUACCUGAUCAACCAGACUGGGCCGUUUAUCAUCAUAUCAAACAUACUGCUAAUUCCAAGUCACAAGAGAAAGCAGUUUUUGAUAAUAUAUCUGCUUUGCUGCCUAUGUUAUUGCAUUUUAUAGCUUUAGAACAAUUAAAUAAGUGGAAAUAAUAAAAUAAAAGUAUUUAGCUUAAUCAAUUAAUUCACUUGAUCAUUUGAUUAAAAGGUUACCUUGUGGAAUUGAACUCAUUCUGUAAUUCAAACCUUAUAUUGCAAUUAUUAAAUUAUUUGCUUUGAUUUCCAUUAUUUUACAGCACGUUGCUCCUCAUAUGUCUCACAAAAAUUAGUUAAAUCUAAUGUGUAACAGAUAUGAAAGCAUUUAAAGAUCUUUUUAAAAUAUGCUUUUAUAUUUUAAUUCUCUUGUAACAGCUCAAUACUUUUAAAGAUGGAGGAAAUGGAAUUGUAAAACCUACAUCAACACCAAUUCUCAAUGAAGUUACUCAUUGUGAAUAUAUUGUAUUUUGAUAUUAUAGGACAUGUUACAUUAUAUAAACAAGCAUAUUCGUGAUGAUGGCAAAAAAUAUGGGGGAUAAUAAUAAUAAAGCUGUAUUCAUUAA